GCAGUUGUCAUGGAGAUGGAAAAGGACCCAGCUUACACUCGUCGUGCUGUUGCCAUGGAAAUCCCCGUGGCAGCAGCAUCGCUCUCUGUAGCGCCAGGAGAGCCGGAGGAGCAGCGCGAGCCCGCCCUACCCUUUCAGCACCGUGGACAGCACCAUAGGACCAGACCGCCGUUCAACCACGGGAGAUUUUAUAUGCUGAUAGUUAUCGGAGAAAUCUCAACGGACCACCACCUUCAGUCUGCCAAAAAACACAUAAAACAGGGACUGCGGUCGUGGGACAUCGAUCUGACUCUGUGCGACCUGAACAGAGAGCUACAGCUCUUCGCGACGCGACACUCUGCCCAGUUCUCCUCAGAGGUCAAAGGACAGAGGACCCUGCAGUACAAGAGUGAUGUCCUUGAGACAGUUGUGUUGGUGAACCCGUCAGAGGAAACUACUGCUUCAGAGAUCCGUUCUCUGAUCACUGACUCUGCUGGACACAAGCUACUAGUCCUAAGUGGCCAGAGCUCUGAGCAGGGAGGUGACAUCACACUGCAGGGUGGAGCCUUCACCUGGAGACACUUCUCUGACAUCAUCUCUGAUCCUGGAGUGACUGAGGUCCUGUCCAACUCAGCAUCGGACCAGCGGCCCAGGCUAACAGUAUCGUGCCUGGGAGACGGGGGCUGGAGCUCACUGGGCCACAGCCAGGAGCAGCAGCACCUCCAGAACCUUCUGGAAUACCGCCUAAACCCUGAGCCCACGCUUCCUGACAUGGAGGGAGUCGCGGAGUUCACAGAGUACGUCUCGGAGACGGUGGACGUCCCGUCACCCUUUGACAACCUGGAACCGCCCACCUCGGGUGGUUUCCUGAAGCUAUCCAAGCCCUGCUGCUACAUCUUCCCCGGAGGGAGGGGUGACUCUGCCCUGUUCGCCGUGAACGGAUUCAACAUCCUGGUGGAUGGAGGGUCCGAACGCAGGUCCUGUUUCUGGAAGCUGGUCAGGCACUUGGACAGGAUAGACUCAGUCCUGCUGACCCACAUUGGGGCGGACAACCUCCCAGGCAUCAACGGGCUGCUCCAGAGGAAGAUCGCUGAGCAGGAGGAGGAGCAGUCCCAGGGAUCUGGCGGCUCCAACACAUACGGUGACUGGAUGAAGAACCUGAUCUCGCCCGAGCUCGGUGUGGUGUUCUUCAACGUCCCCGAGAAGCUACGAAUGCCUGAGUCCACGCUAAAGGUCAAACGGAGCAUCGAGGAGGCAUCCCUCACACUGCAGUAUCUCAACAAGCUUGGCAUCAAGUCAGAACCUCUUUACAGGGUCGUUAGCAACACCAUUGAGCCCAUCACGCUUUUCCACAAGCUGGGCGUUGGCAAGCUAGACAUGUACAUUCUGAACCCUGUGAAGGAAAGCAAGGAGAUGCAGUUCCUUAUGCAGAAGUGGGCUGGGAACAGUAAGGCCAAGACUGGGAUUGUGAUGUCCAAUGGCAAAGAAGGAGAAAUAUCCGUCCCUUACUUGACCUCAGUAACAGCUCUUAUCGUAUGGAUCCCGCAUAGUCCAACAGAGAAGAUAGUCAGGGUGCUGUUCCCUGGAAAUGCACCGCAGAACAAAAUCUUGGAGGGGCUUGAAAAGCUGAAGCACCUGGACUUCCUGCGCUACCCAGUAGCCACUCAGAAAGACAUAUCCUCUGGGGCCCCGCCUCCAAUCAUAAAACAAACAAAGAUGAGAUCAAGAACAGAAAGCAAGGAGAGCCUGAAAUCUUCCACCAAAACACAGUUGGCCUCAAAAGCCAGCAAGAAGGAAGCUAAAGGGCAGGAAGAGGAGUCCAAGAAUGACUCGGCUAAAGAGAACAAAAUUGAAAAGAAAGAGGAGAAGAAGGAAAAGAAGGUGAAGAGUGAGAGCGCCAAAGCUACCAAAUCCACCAAAGCCACCAAACAACAACAAAACAGUGAGGCAGUACCCGAAGCAGCCAAACUGGAGAGAAAGAAGCUGUCCAAGGAGAAAACACUGAGGAAACACUCCAAGGAACGACCAUCUAAGAUGGAGGAGAAAAAGGACAAAGAGAAGAAAGAGAUCAGUAAAGUAAAGAAAGAGGACAACAAACGCGAAGUGAAGAAAGAUGAUACUGCUAAAAAAGAGGAGAAAAAAGAAACAAAAGCAGUGAAGGAGGAGAAAAAGAAGGAUCUGAGUAAGCCAGAGCUGAGGAAGAUCACCAAACCAGACCUGAAACCCUUUACCCCAGAAGUCAGGAAAACCCUCCAUAAGGCAAACAAGACACAGGCCAAACCCAAGACGGACAAGACUGACAAAAACAUAACAGCCAAACCGGUCAAAGAGAAAACAGCUGAGAAAAAGUCUGUCCCAAAGAAAGCCCCCCCAAAAUCCGCUGCUGCUUUGGCAGACGGGUCCGUUGUAUCCUCUCCAGAAGACCUCACCAAGGACUUCGUAUCUUUAAAACGAGAUGAGCUCUCGAAGCUAGGGAGUGAACCCAUUCAGAAUGAUGUCAUGUCUGGAAGUCCAGCUUUCACAGACUCCAAACUCCCUGAUGAGGGAAUAACAACUAAAUCCCCAGCCAAUCUUGGAGAGAAGUUUGAGGAUGAGGGUGCUGACAUGGAUGAUGGUGAUGAUGAUGGGGAAGAGUACAAUAAAGAGAGUGAUGUACUAAAGAAAGGUGCAGAUGUCGGAAAAUGGCAGGACAUUAAAAUAAAUGCUGGCAUGGAUAGGAAAUAUGAGGAUGAAAUGGAGAAAGACGACGACGACUACUCUACUAAGGGAGACAUGAAUUCGAAGAAGAGUGUCAGCUCAGAAGAGGAGGGUGACGUUAUCGAAAAAGCAGAUCUGGAGGGAAUUGAGGAUUAUGAGGAUAAAUACAACUCAGAAAAAGAUAAAAAAGAAUGGGACACCAAGUCAACCGACUUUAAAUCGUUUUCAACCGCAGUCGCCUCUGGACAAACCACUACCGCUGCCUCUGAGCAAGUGUCCUUCAUCCAAGAUGAGACUAUUCCCGCUUAUUCCGAAACGGAGCAGACCAUCUCCGAUGAGGAGAUCCAUGAAGAACCCGAGGACAGGAUCCCACACCUCCGCUACGACGUUGCUUCCUGCGACAUCACCGUUCCCGACGUUCCAGGAUCCUUUGACUCUGUGUAUGGUGUUAGGGAGAUGAGAGCCUCGGCUACGUCUGACGCCUCAGACUUCAAAGCCAAAGGCUUUGUGGGAAGACAUGACCCAGUGUUGGCAGCCUAUCCAAGCAUCAUCACAGCUCCGCUCGCCGAGGAAGAGCACAUCUCCUCAGCCACGUCCAUCACAGAGUACGAUAAACUGUCCUCGUUCGCCACUUCCAUGGCGGACGACCAGUCCAUCGCAUCUGUGACCGCCCCGCAGACAGAGACAGAGACAGGGAGGAGCUCUCUUCACCUGGACACGGUCAAUAGCAUCCCCUACCGCACCGAGGCCACCCACGGGAAGGAAUACCUCCACUCGGCUGGAACCAUCUCUCCCACCUCCUCCCUGGAGGAGGACAAGAACUUUAGUUCUCCUCCUUCAAAGGAGUACCAGCCUUUUGUUACUGAGAUGGAGGCUGGGAGGAAGACCAAACCCGUCCAUGAGGAGUAUGACGAAGAGGAGGAUGAAGACGAGGAUCAGACUCCCAACGUUGAUAUCCCCUUGGGGAAACUCCAAGAGGGCUACGAGCAGGCGACGGCAGCCAUGUUGCUCCAGGACAAGGAUAAAUCCCCCUCCACUGCCUUUGCACCUCCCUCUCCUCCCUCUUUCUCCAGCGGGUUUAAGCCUAGUACCAUGUUUGAAGGUGAAGAGAGAUGUCUUAGCCCAGGCGACAGCACCGGGAAGCUGGCCUCACCCACCCAGUCGGUCCCCAUCAGCAGUGGCUACUCCCCCACAGAGGAGAAGAAAAACAACAAAAUGGACAACACUGAAACUGAGCUCCAUAAAAUGGGGCUUUCUGGUGACAAGACCCCCUUUGAAGAAUCAGAUGAGGAUGAUGAUGAUGAUGACUAUUAUGAGAAAAGGGAUCUCAAACCCUGUGUUAAAGCUAAGUAUUUGGAACAGAAGGAGGGUAGGUUCUUGGACGAUGAAUCACCUCAAGAAGAGAAGCUGUCUGAGAGGGACAAAGGACUAGCAGAGGAUGACAUCAAGUCCAAGUAUCUGCAGAAUAAACCGGGGUUGACAGACGAGACACAGUUCUCUGGUUACAUGGAGCAAACAACCAAACCCCAGAUCAUGCACUCCGACGAGCAAGACGAGGUGGAGGAAGAUGAUGAAGAUGAUGUUGUUCAACCAAGUGGAACAGGGUCUAGAGCUUUAUCAGUAGAGCAAAGUAAAUUGGACUCUGAAGAUGACAAAAAGGAUGCAGCAAUAUCCAGAAAAAAGAACCAUAUAACUUUGAAAGAGCCAGAGAAAAGUGUCCAGUUCAAUCUGUAUGACUUCCCGGAGCGAGAGGGUAGAGAGAAACGCUCAGAAGAAGAAAUAAGACAGGACACCCCAUAUGUACACGGCAAGACUUUCUCUUACAGUGAUAUCUAUGACAACAAAACCAGUUAUCAGAAGGACCAGUCAGAAAAAAUGGGGAAGGACAGUAUGAAGGAGAUGGACACACAGAAAAAGGACUCCGCUUUCCCCUCAGACAAGGAGGGUUUCACUAGCUCUCAUGGAAAAGAUGUAUCUUCCUCCUCCUCUUCCUCUUCCCCCUUUCCAUGGCUCCAUGGCUCUGAAUCAAUAGAGAAGAUAAGUGAGCCACGUGGAUACAGCAGAGAGAGCAGAUUCCCAUCAAUGGCUGAUAGACCAGAGGCUUCAACCACAUCCUUAUCAUCAGAGAGAGACUCCUCCCCUUAUAAAGUUCACAGUGAUUACACCUCUGUAACAGGUAGUGCUGCAGCCAAACCCUCUUCAAUGAGCUACCAUGACAAAGAGGUGGAACUGGAGAUAGACAUGAGGAAGCUAACAGCCAGGGAUGAGGAAGACUACGAUGAUUAUGAUGAAGAAGAUGAUGAAGAAGAGGAUGAGGACGAUGAAGAGGAGGAUGCUAUUGACUCAGACAUGGAGAAAGGUGCCAAAGAGAAAUCGGAAAAGGAAGUCAAAAGUCCAUUCAUCGAUGGUGUGAGCUCAAAACAGCCCCAGUUUAUGGUUUCGAUGGCUGGCUACGGUUACAACAGUCAGACAAAGCCGACUUCACCAGACAGCAUGAGCACAGAAGAGCCAGAGUUUAUGGUUUCCAUGGCCGGCUAUGGUUACAACAGUCAGGCAAAACCGACUUCACCAGACUGUGUGAGCUCAAAAGAGACAGAUUUCACAGACUCCAAACUCCCUGAUGAGGGGAUAACAACUAAAUCCCCAGCCAAACUUGGAGAGACGUUUGAGGACGAGGGUGCCGACAUGGAUGAUGAUGAGGAUGAUGAUGACGAUGAUGAGGAGGAGUACAACAAAGAGAGGGAUGUACUAAAGAAAUGUGCAGAUGGUUACAGUAGUCAGGCAAAGCCGACUUCACCAGACCGCUUGAGCUCGAAAGAGCCAGAGUUUAUGGUUUCCAUGGCCGGCUAUGGUUACAACAGCCAGGCGAAGCCGACUUCACCAGACGGAAUGAGCUCAAAAGAGACAGAUUUCACAGACUCCAAACUCCCUGAUGAGGUGAUAACAACUAAAUCCCCAGCCAAACUUGGAGAGAAGUCUGAGGAUGAGGGUGCCGACAUGGAUGAUGAUGACGAUGAUGACGAUGAUGAGGAGUACAACAAAGAGCGUGACACACACAGCCAGGCAAAGCCGAUUUCACCAGACGGCAUGAGCUCGAAUGAGCCAGAGUUUAUGGUUUCCAUGGCAGGCUACGGUUACAACAGCCAGGCGAAGCCGACUACGCCACCUUCUUCCACCACCUGCAAAGGUGACAUGGGCGCCACAGCGUUCUCUGGGUACUCCUCUGGGUUUGAUUAUUCUUACGGUGGGGAGAAAGACACAUUUCAGUCCAGCCAGAUGAAGGACAAAGAGGGAAAAGAUGACUAUUUCCACAGUGAGAGAGCUGACGGUGGUAAGAAAACAGGAGACACAGUAGGAGUCUCAUCAGGCUUCCACUACACCACCACCUCUGCCACGGCAUAUUCGUCCUCCUCUUCCUACAGCUACUCCUCCUCUACGUCCGGUCCGUCACUCUCCACCAGCCGGCAGUUUGGCGAGGAGCUGGAGACCCCAGCCAACGCCUCCGACCACAUCUUCAAACACGAUACAGACAGUGCCGGCUUCGAGUACUCCUCCUUUAAAGAUGAACACGGCUCCUUUAAAGAUGAACAUGCCUCCUUUAAAGAUGAACACAUCUCCUUUAAAGAUGAACACGGCUCCUUUAAAGAUGAACACGCCUCCUUUAAAGAUGAACACGCCUCCUUUAAAGAUGAACACGCCUCCUUUAAAGAUGAACACAUCUCCUUUAAAGAUGAACACGGCUCCUUUAAAGAUGAACACGCCUCCUUUAAAGAUGAACACACCUCCUUUAAAGAUGAACACGGCUCCUUUAAAGAUGAACACGCCUCCUUUAAAGAUGAACACGCCUCCUUUAAAGACAAACACGCUUCCUUUAAAGAUGAACACUCCUCCUUUAAAGAGGAACACUCCCCGGCCAUGGACUCCUCCCCCUUUUCCAGUUCCUGCGGGAUGGUUAAGAACGAGUACCUGGAGGUUUCGGAGAAGCAGAUGACGAUGGCCACCACCACCACCGCAGAAUCCACCUCCAGGCUGGCCCACUUCUCUCCUCACAGCCCCUUUGAGGAGAUCAAACCUUUCCACUCACACUCCUCCGCUUCCUCCUCGGAAGACAAAAAGGAGCAUGUUGCCUCGAUGGAAGGAAGUGUUGUGAACAAAAGCCCCCAGUCGGACUGCUUCUAUAAACCGGAAUGGGCGGACGAGUCCAAGCUGCAGGCUGCAGGGGGUUAUGGGCCUUUCUCCCAGUCACCCAAGGAGAAGGAUGCCAUCGCCAUGGGUUUGUUUGGUGUCACCUCGUCCCCACGGCCUGACUCAACAGGCAAACAUUACUUUGAAAACUCUGACAGUACUGAGGAAGAGGAUGACGAGGAAGGUUACAUGCGUGAGAUGGGCCUGUCCUUCUCCGAAAAACACGGCAGCAGCAUCACCACCUCAGGUAAGAUAGAUGGCGCUGGUCUCCCUGAUGUGCUCACCUCGUACAUACCCUCCUCUCUGCUACCCACCAAGCCAGACACAGUCAAUGGUCCCAUGGAGGUCAGCAGCAUGAGCUCCCCCAUCAGUGCAGGGCCGGCAGCCAGCUGCGUGAGCCCAGGUCUGGGUACAGCUGAGGAGAAAAAGGUGAGGGGCUCCUAUGAGUGGAACAUGCAGAAGCCCCAGAUGGACAUGGUUCCUGGCGACUCCCCGCCUCAUUACCGCCACGAGGACGAGUUUGAGGAGGAAUGCGAAAUGGAACCUGAGUGCCCCGCCCGCCCGCUCUCCCUCUCCUCCACUGAUCACACCUUCGGCUCCCCCUUCUACACGGAGGCGUCGUGCCGAGGAGAAGCAGGAGGAAGAGAUGAUGAUGAUGAGAGCGACCUGGAACUCCCUCCUGAAAUGGGCGCCUCCUCCUCCACGUUCUCCUCCAAAGCCUCCCCUGGCUACUCCUCCUCGGAACACAGGCACCGCAAGGGAGACCUCUCGCCCUCCUUCAUCAAUCCCAGUAUGCAACAGCAGUCCAGCGAUGAGGAAGACGAGGAGCGGGGACGCAGGAGCGACCAAUCGCAGGAAGGGGACGAACAUGACCUGUCAGUCAAGAAGAGAGCCAACAAACAGCCCCACCACCCCCACUUCCAGGGCGGCUCGGUCCCCCACGCCGGGACGGCUGGGCUGGGGUUAGCCAGAGAAGACACCCCCCCAACCUCCGACAGCGAGUCUAUACCGUCGCAGUCAGAUUCAGACGUUCCCCCAGGGACAAAGGAGUGCCCCUUCAUCACAGGCAACAGCAACAUGGACUCGGACGAGGACACUGAGUACCUGCCUGUGGAUAAGUUCUCCACGAUGGGAGGGGGCCACCAUCACUCCUCUUCCUCCUCCUCCUCCAGGAUUAGCCCCCGGGACCCCCCUCCCGCCCCCCUCAUGGACCCCUUCCCCAACCCCCCUCACCCCGACGUCUGCAUGGUGGACCCCGACGCUCUGGCCAAUGACCAGAACCGGGCAACCUCAGAGUCGCCCCUCAAGAAGGACCCCAAGAUGAAAGGCGUGCGGAAGACAGGGAAACCCAAGUCGGCAUCUCCGGCUCGCCGCAAGCGGUCCCCCAUGCCAGUGAAGCAGUUGCCAUCCCCUCGCAGCGCCUCGCUGAAGAAGAAGGAGACAGAGAAGAGCUUGAGGAUGUCCCAUCUGUCAGACGGACAGGGCUCCAGAGACGAUGACCUAUCCAGGUCCAGCUACAACGCCGGCAGGGUGGCCAACGGAGUUAAGAGCACCUCAGGCUCUCAGAGGUCCAGUUCCGUGGUUCCCCAAGGCCCUCCUAUCUACGUAGACUUGGCCUACAUCCCCAACCACUGCAGUUCUAAGAACGUGGACCAGGAGUUCUUCAAACGCGUCCGUUCUGCAUACUACGUGGUGAGCGGGAACGAUGUGGGCAAUGACGAGCCCAGCCGAGUGGUCCUGGAUGCUCUACUGGAGGGCAAAGCCCAGUGGGGAUCCAACCUACAGGUGACGUUGAUUCCCACCCAUGACACAGAUGUGACUCGGGAGUGGUACCAGCAAACCCAUGAACGGCAACAGGAGCUAAACAUCAUGGUCCUGGCCUCCAGCAGCACCGUGGUCAUGCAGGAUGAGUCUUUCCCCGCCUGCAAGAUCGAAUUUUAAGCCCCACCCCCCUCUCUUCCCCUCUGUAAUGGGACAACACACAGCUCCCCUGGUUCAGUCUGUCUGUUUAAAUAUUUUGGAUCUGCCUUUUCUAGGGAUUUAUUUCUUACGGUAAAUCAUAACAGUACAUCUCAAAUUACACCCUAUUGGUCUUACAGCUACCAUCUCUGGUCUAAAGUAGUGCACUGGACUGUAUGUGGAGUAGGGUGUCAUUUUAGACACAGAGAUAUUCAACAACCACACAUUUGAUUAUGGUUAGUGUCAUUGUUUGUAUUAUAAAGGUGCUCUUCAGACUUUAACGCUCCUCUACUAUAAUUAUAAGGUUUAUUCAAGGAAACAAGUAUGGUUGUGCAUACGGUAGAAAUCCAGGCAAAAUGUCCAGGCAAUGGUUACUGUUUCCUUCAAGGUAAGACAGAUUUUCUUCUAAUAGGCAUAACUCAUGCACAAGUAUGCCCUAUUAUAAUGUUAGAGUCAUCAACAACAGACUUAAUCUUUGUUUAAAGAAGUUACAACAUCAAAACACAUUUUGUACUUUAGUGUUUAUAUGUUUUGUAGAACUGAAUACACCAUGCUAAUGCCAAUGGUACUUUUCUCAUCCACGUGCCACUCAUUGAACUUUGUGCCUAAUAUUGACACAUUGACAUAGAUGAUAUUCUAAGUAGAUUGUCUCUAAGAGUCUUUUAGAUGUCGAAUAAUUAUGUUUGUAGUAGAAUAGGGUGGAAAAAACAAAUCGAGUCAUACUCAAAGGUUUUGUGUGUGCCAUUCAGUUUUCAUGUAAUUUCUGCAAGGUGAAAUUCACUUUGAAUGGAUUUCUCAAGCGCCAUACUGCGUACAGUAAAUCAUAACUAUCAGUGUUGUCUGGUUGUAAAGUGAAGUCUUUUGAGAAUGUUCCCAGCCAGAACACAUCCGGAUCUGUUGAACAGGGCUGGUGUAUAUUGUACAAUAUACAACAUGCACAGUAGAUUUCCCUUGCAUUUAUUUUCCAAGCUUGCAUCCACAAACAUAUCUUGGACCAAGCCAACGUAUGCUAUUGUGUGAAAGGAAAGGAGAAUACUCUCAUUGCAACAUUUUAAUGACUGUAUGUCAGGUUGCAAUGUUGCUACAUUCAAUGUACUACUUCCUCGUCAUAGCAUUUAUACGCAUGUAUAACAUACUGUAAGCAUUACACAUUGGCUUUGAAUAGUGUGGCUUUCUAAAUGACAAAUAGCUUAAGCAGCUUGUUUGUGUUCAUGAACUCAUUGAUAGAAAGGAGGCUGUCAGGUUAAAAGAUGUUACGCAACGUAAAGACAACAACCCUCCGCUAUUUAACUGCAGAGCUACAGAGCGACACUGUCUGGGAACUGGAGUAGGUCCACACUUUGGGAAGGUAUCACAGAUCAUAUGAUUAUUCUCACAUUUAGUAUUGACCCUUUAAGAGACAUGGGUGUGAUUUGGGAUUUGUGUAAGGUGAAGAUAGUGUAGACUAGUGGUAUGUACUCCAGCUAUGACCAUCAUGGUAUCGUCCCAAACGGCACCCUAUUCCCUAUGUAGUGUACUUCUUUUGACCAGAGCCUUACGGUAGUGUACUGUAUAGGGAAUAGGGUGCCAUUUGGAGCAGUCAUACCUAACCUGGUUAUGACUACAGCAAUAGGACCAUGUGGUUGUGAGCUCAUGGCCCAUCACCUGUACAGGGUAAUAGUUUGAUUGAGUGUCUGAAGACUUGUCUGUGAGGUGUUUGCGCCGUGUAUUAAGACCACGUUGAUGAAACGUUGAUGAACAUUGUGGGGCGGUUCCAUAGAUGAUAGAGGUUUGACUGUCACCCACAUGUGCCUUUCUGUCCUGUCGUAUGUUCAAGGAAGACUCAGAUGCUUGAAAUGGCCCUUGUGGCAAAGCCAUAGAUAUUCAGUGUUCGGCAAACACCGUUUCAGUCUCAGAAUUUGAACGAACGCCAUGUUGGCACUGAAAGCUUCAAGAUGCAGAUUAGAAUGUUCUCAUCAUGGCAUGUUUGGUGCAGACAUGGAGGAUGGGUUGCCAUGGUAAAGUAGUGGCUAGGUGGGCAGGUCAGUGUUGUAGUAUGAUCACUAAACUAAAAGCAAAGGUCCAAAAAUAUGAUUUGCACAUCCUACUUAGCAAACUAACAUGGUUCGUUUACCAGUCAGUGAUCACAGGGUCUGAUAUUCUCUGUCGGCGAUAGUGAACAUGAAGCACAAAUGAUCAAACAACUUAACAAGAACCAACUGUGAUCAAACCCUUAUUCUAAGAACUUUUAGGCCUCAUCAUAUGAAAAUACUCUAAUUUGGGAUUUCUACCAAUUGUGUUUAUGUUCUUUAACACAAAAGCAGUCAUUUUUAAAUCAGAAAAAGAGAGAGCUUUGUUGGAAAUGUGAACUCACAGACAGACGUGUUAUUUCCUAUUGAGUCGUAUUAUUUUCUUCAUCCUUAUGAUGCCCAUGGAAAGGGAAAUAGGUGUUCUGCUCUAGGGCUGUUUUAGAAUCGUUAACUUUGGGACCAGAGGCCAAAAGGUUUUUGCUCUACCACAUUCACCUUGACUCAAUGCCUUGGAAUGUUUUUAAAGACAAAAUGUACAAUUUGCUUUUGAUUUUAUGUGAUUAUAGUCAGUGUGUCUAGAAUGUAAUUUUCAGUGUUAUUUAAGAUGGGUUUUCAUUUGUGUGCACAGUUUAAUUGUAUCCUUUAGUUUUACUGUGAAUUGGGACUAACUAAGUAGAUUGUUAGAAACUAACUGUUAGAAAACGAGACAAAGAGACAUGUUUUAAUUCCAUUUUAUUGCAUCAUGACAUUGAGUUGAGGCUUACAAAGAACAAAUUAUAACAUGCCUUGUUCGAGGGUCUAGACAAAUUGUACCAUUGCGCAAUCUUUGAGGCCAAUCAGAAUAUUCAGCAAUGUAUUCCAGUUUUUCUGAGACACAUAUGGCACACACCCGUAAGUAAUAUCAUAGAGACAAAGAAAAUAGAAUGAAUUGUCAAAUGCUUUCAGUAAACAUGCUUUGAAUCCAGCAAUGUCUUUUUCUUCUCGUUGCCGAUGCUCAAAUGUACCGGACCAUGUAGAUUAUCAGAGAGAGUAGUUCUGAGACAGAACUGCUCUGUCUGUUAACCAGGCUGCGAUAACAAUACUGAGAGGUUUAACCAGGUUAGUUCUGAGACAGAACUGCUCUGUCUGUUAACCAGGCUAGUUCUGAGACAGAACUGCUCUGUCUGUUAACCAGGCUAGUUCUGAGACAGAACUGCUCUGUCUGUUAACCAGGCUAGUUCUGAGACAGAACUGCUCUGUCUGUUAACCAGGCUGCGAUAACAAUACUGAGAGGUUUAACCAGGUUAGUUCUGAGACAGAACUGCUCUGUCUGUUAACCAGGCUAGUUCUGAGUGAUCCAGCUGAUCCGAAUGUGAAGAAGCAGAUUAACCUUUACGUUCUCCGUGGAGGACAUUGAUAUCUUGGUUGCCUUGGUGACAUACUAGUUAGUAGUUGUAUAUAUUUCUGCUCCAUCAACUCAAAAGGGUUGUCAGUCAAAGUCAGACUGUCUCCUCUAUUGUGUGUGAAUACAGUGCAUAUCAAACUUAUUUUUAGGGCAGAAUGUCUGUUAUUUUAUUUCCUUACUCUUGUCUGAAGUCUGUCUAUUUCUAAUGGUUGCCCUGAGAAACGAGGGGAAUUAAUUAGUCAGCGAUUGAUUAAAGAAAACUGGACAAGUUCUACAUUUUAAGAGACUGAUUUUUGACCGUACAGGUAACUAACUGUCUUACUAACAGUCAAAGGGAAACUAACAUGCCUGCUAUAUUGUUUAGCUGAGAGAACAUUCUGUAUAACAAAGAUUGGAUCAUUUUCCAGUGCUUGCAAUUGGCUUUCAUGUAGAGAAUGGGAUUCAGAACAACAGUAUCCCUUUAUAUCUCAGCAACUAUAUGAGAAGAUGCUCAAUCUUCUUGUGCUGUAAUUUAACCAGUUUUCCUGUGGUCUUUGACUUCAAGGUUGUCUUAACAGAGACAUCAACUGUUAACUCAUGUCAGCGUCAUUCUGAAGACUAGAAUUAACAUUGUAUUCAUAGACAUACACAAACCACAACACACAAAACUGACUGCCAGAUAGUGACUCGGAUCACUAUAUCAAUACAUUUUAUAUCUAGGGUAUUUAUAAUGGUUCACACAGUGAAUUUUUCCAAAUAAAAAAAACUAAGAACAAAAACAGUAACAAUGUAUUGUGCAAAAAUAAUAAUUCAGUUGAAUUCUCCAAAACUCCUCAGAAUCCUGAUGUAGAAAAUCCUCAUGAAGAUUGUCCAUCAUUCCAAUAAACUCUGCUUGUCUGUGCAUGCUACCUUAUUGGUUCUAAUCCUGUAGGUAAUAGUUUAAAAAUGAAUAAAAUAGAAAGGCUAUUUUAAAAGAUGCAUAUUUAAAAAGCUAACUGUGGAUGGUAUGGGGAAGGCUGGUGCAAGGUCGUCGUCUUGCCUCCACUGGCUGUGCUGGAAGGAAGGCGUUGGGAUCGCUUUCCUCUUUCUUUUUGCAAGCUUCAUGACUGUUCUUAAAUCUUUUGUUUUAAGUGCAAUAUACUUCUCUAUCUAUCUUUAGGAACAUAGAACUUCAGCAGAUUUAUUGUCAAAGGGGGAAAGUGUGGUGAUCAUCAAUAAAACAUGUAUUGAAGAAUA